AUGACCAAUGCUAACGCCAGUCAUAUAAUGCAGGAGGUUCAGAUGCCCGAAAAGAAACACAGAAAGUCCGUUGCAUUCAGUGAAGGCGCCACAGUCAUGGAUGCGAAUGGCUCUAUCACUGAGGCGGGCCAUGUGACGAAAUCCACCGCUGAGAAGCACACUGCGGCAACCCCAGAUAAAGAGGUCGACGAAGUGACAGAACUUUUCAAGAGUUUACCAAAAAAGAAGAAGUCUUCCAAAAAGAAGGAUGCCGAAGCGGCCGCAGAUGGCGAAGAUGGUGCUGCUGAUGGGGCCUUCGAUCCAUCGACAAUGAAAAAGAAGAAGAAGAGCAGCUCGAAAAAGAAGACCGUCGAUGCUGGAGACUUCGAGGCUAAACUCGCCGAAGCUGGUCUUGGUGCCGAGGAAGAGCCUGCUGCGGAAGAAAAGCCAUCCCCCGAACAAAUUGCCAAGGACCUCGAGAGCGGAACCGGUAUCUGGGCUCAUGAAGCUACCCAGCCCAUCCCCUACUCGUAUCUCGUUACACGCUUCUUCAGCCUUAUCCACAGCCAUCAUCCAGAUUUGUUAGCCAGCGGGUCCAAGUCUUAUAAGAUUCCGCCACCACAGUGCUUGCGCGAAGGAAAUCGGAGGACGAUCUUUGCUAAUAUUGCGGAUAUCUGCAAGCGAAUGAAGAGAUCGGAAGAUCACGUCACUCAGUUCUUGUUCGCUGAAUUGGGUACCAGCGGCUCAGUUGACGGCAACCGACGAUUGGUCAUCAAGGGUCGUUUCCAGCAGAAACAGAUUGAAAACGUUUUGAGACGAUAUAUCGUCGAAUACGUCACCUGCAAGACCUGCCGCAGCCCAGACACCGAACUCAACAAGGGAGAAAAUCGUCUGUACUUCGUUACUUGCAACUCCUGCGGCAGUCGUCGCAGUGUCACUGCCAUCAAGACAGGUUUCCGUGGCCAAGUCGGAAGGCGGAAGAGGCAGCCGUAGAUGCAAUAUUGUCUUUUGUUUGCUUUCUACGUUACUCUACGAUGUUAUCUCCUUGCAAAAGUAACGACCGGAUCCAUGUCAUUUUCACAUAUUAUCCCUGAAUGUCGUCGUGGUCGCAUGGCUCAAUGACUUCAUUUUCUGACUGAUGGUAUUUGUUUCUGGAUCACGAUUUAUGCUUGCUUACAUCAUUUGCUGCGUGGUUGGCAUAGUAUUUUAAAUCCUUAUUUCAGCUUUCCUCUCA